GUCUUGCUCCGUCUGAGACCAGAGCCAAGACCUGCCCGGGAGCUGGAAUGCUUCCCUGAGCUGCUUGGGCUGGAGCCUGGGACUCGGAGAUCCAGGCAGCUAUUCCAGGAACUGGAAGCCAAGCACAACAGGUGCUUGGGAGGUCACCAUGAUCAGCCCAGACCCCGGGCCCUCCCCUGGCUUGGCCUGGUGGGCCGAGAGCUACGAGGCCAAGUGUGAGCGCCGGCAGGAGACCCGUGAAAGCCGCCGCUGCCGCCCCAACGUGACCACUUGCCGCCAGGUGGGGAAGGCACUGAGGAUCCAGCAAAGAGAGCAGGUCCAGAGAGCUCGACUGCAGCAGUUCCUCAGGAGGAGGAACCUGGAACUGGAGAAGGACAAGGCACGGCAACCCCAGGACAGGGAGCACAGGCCCUCCAGGAGGCCGGGCCGGGAGACUGACCUCAAGGAGCGCUUGUCCUGUGCCAGCAGGGUCCCUUCCCACAGGCAGCAGGUGGCAGGGACCAGCUCUGAGGUCGUUCCAGCCCAGCAUCCUCCUCCCUCAGGCGUCCAGAGGGAUCCUGCUGACCACCCCCCCUCACAGUCCGGGAGCCUUCCACCACAGGACUGUCCCAUCAAGAAGCCACCCAGACACCACCGUAGUACUCAGACGAAGGCAGAAGCAGCACAGCCAACAAUUAAGAAUGAUGCCAGUCAGCAAACCAAUUAUGGAGUUGCAGUGCUGGAUAAGGAAAUCAUCCAGCUUUCUGAGUACCUCAAAGAGGCCCUACAAAGGGAGCUGGUCCUAAAACAGAAAAUGGUGGUUCUCCAAGACUUACUGUCUACCCUGAUUCAGGCCUCUGACAGCACUUGGAAGGGACAGCUCAAUGAAGACAAAUUGAAAGGCAAACUGAGAUCCUUAGAAAACCAGCUGUACGCCUGUACCCAGAAAUACUCCCCUUGGGGAAUAAAAAAAGUGCUAUUGGAGAUGGAAGACCAGAAAAACAGCUAUGAACAGAAGGCCAAGGAGUCUCUGCAGAAAGUGCUGGAGGAGAAAAUGAAUGCAGAGCAGCAACUGCAGAGCACGCAGCGGUCCCUGGCCCUAGCGGAGCAGAAGUGUGAAGAGUGGAGGAGCCAGUACGAGGCUCUGAAGGACGACUGGAGGACCCUAGGGACCCAGCACAGAGAGCUGGAGAGCCAACUCCACGUGCUUCAGUCCAAAUUGCAGGGAGCAGACAGCAGAGACUUACAGAUGAACCAGGCCCUGCGAUUUUUGGAGAACGAGCACCACGAACUACAGGCCAAGAUUGAACGCCUGCAAGGGGACAGAGACCUGUGCAGCUCAGAUACCCAGGACCUACAAGAUCAACUAAAGAGAUCAGAGGAGGAGAAACUCGCCCUGGUGACCGAAGUACAACAGUUACAGAGUCUGCUUCAGAAUCAAUCCGUACAGCUUCAAGAACAGGAGAAACUCUUAACAAAGAAAGAUCAGGCUUUGCCUGUGUGGAGUCCCAAGCCCUUCAAUAACGAAGUGGAGCCUGAGGGUACAGGGAAGGAGAAAGACUGGGAUCUCAGAGACCAGCUGCAAAAGAAGACUUUGCAGCUCCAGGCCAAGGAAAAGGAGUGCAAGGAACUGCAUUCAGAGUUAGACAACCUCAGUGAUGAGUAUCUCUCCUGCCUGCGCAAGCUGCAGCACUGUCGAGAAGAGCUGAAUCAGAGCCAGCGACCGCCUCCCACAAGACAAUGUGGCCGAUGGCUCCCGAUGCUGAUGGUGGUGAUUGCUAUAGCACUGGCAAUGUUCCUGGCCAACAAAGACAACCUGAUGAAUAACUUGUGACAGCUGCCUUGGUUGACAACCAGACGCAAGCAACUCAAUGAAAUACUCGGGUCUGGGAAGUUUACAGCUUGGGUUUUUUCCCAACUGAAUUGGGAUUUCUGACUUUUUGUUGUUUUGUUAACCAACUGUAAAUAAACUUCACCUGACCAGA